AUGCGCAACAAAACCUAUUUAGCACUACAAAAAACUUACGAUGAAUGCCAUUUGGUAAGCUCCACUGCAUAUUUUUUUGAAGGCCAGGGCAAUGAUGUGGAAGCACUCCGCUCGUGGCGCUCCGCUCUUGGACAAAUAUAUCAUCAUAAUGCGUAUCGCAUGCCGUCGGGCUAUCUACCAAAAACAGAAACUGAGAGAACUCUCCACAGCAGGUUGCAAUCCAUGGAAGCCCAAUGCAAAGAGCACAUUAAUCUACUCGAAUCUCCAAAAAAGUUUCUAGCAACCUCUUUUGUGCAAGGUGUAGACUCCCGAGACGUAAGUGAUAAUCAUAGAAAAACAUCUCAUGGAUCUUCGACGCCAGUUCUAGAAGUAGGUGAUGGUGUUACAUCUGUGAAUGGGGUCGCAGGAAUUGACAAAUGCAAACUUACAAUCCCACAAAACUUGGCUACAUGCUCAAAUCGUUUUACAGAAGAUAGCCAUAGGGUUAGCAAUCUUUCGCGCGCAGUAUCAAAUACUCUUAACAAUUUGCACUUUCGUCUCAUUGGUCAAUCACGAACGCUAAAUGUAGCAUUGUUAGCUAAGGGUGCGUCUAGAGGCUCUGGUCCAGAAAAAGCAAGGACUAUGAGACAAACUCUCAGGUCCAGCGAUAAAGCAGGAAAGAAGGCAUCAUCUCAUCAGAUUCAAAAAGACGAUAAUAAAUAUAAUGUAACUAGUACAGCUGCCUCACUGGCAUGGAAAUCUUCAGAAAGACUCAAUAAAGACAAAAAAUGCGAUGGAUCAAAUGACUGUAAGAGGACUUCACAAUGCUGUUAUUUAGGUUGUAAAGAUGGACUUAAUGGACACUUGCAAGGUCGUUCAGAGAAGAUCCAAAGCUUUCAGCAUAACAGUAGGGCUGAUGCCCCAGUUUGCCAAAGAUCAAAUGACUUUAAUUCACGAGAAAAUCACGACAUAAAAUCUAAUGCAGAGGUUAGUAGGGAUAUUUCAACAAAUGACUCCCAAGAUAUGACAGCAAAGUCGAAGAGCCAUACCUUACAAACUCUGAAAGACUUUAGCUCUCCUUUGAUCGAACCUAGAUCCUCUAAAUCAUCGAAUUCUCCUCAAUCUUCUCAUUGUCCCAAUACUCAAAAGCGAGCACAAACAACUUCAUAUGCAAGUUGUCUCAAAGAGACUUACAUUUCAAGUGACACAAAACCUUGUACGGGACAUGAGAUUGUUCAAACUCGUAAAAAUAUUGUUCGAGGUAGAUCAGAAUCAGAUAAUUCACCUAUUCGGUUACAAACCAAUAAUAUAGACAACCCAAACUUUUUAAUCUCAGAAUACCUCGAUGCUUAUAAAAAUAAAAACUUGUGUAGAUACAAUAAUGAAUUAAAACUCACUCCAAAUCACAAUCUCCAAAUUUCGCCUCGGGAUAAAAAAAUCAAUGAUAACUCAAGUAAAGGCUUGAUAAAAAUAGAUAUAGACCAAAAAAAAAAUCUGAAAAAUAAUUCAGUCACAAAAAAAAUGGCAGAAUUAGACUCAAAGGAUUUAGAGUCGUCAUUCUCUAAUAUCAUGAAAGAUGUCGACGAAAUUAAUAUCGAAAGACUCUUAGAAGCCCUGCCUAGAGGAGUUGAUGAACUAGCUGCAAGAAAGAUAUUUAAUGAGAUUGUUGAUACAGCCGAUGAGGUGCACUGGGAUGAUGUAGCUGGCCUAGAUAUUGCCAAGACAGCGUUAAAAGAGGCAGUUGUCUAUCCAUUUCUAAGGCCUGAUCUAUUUGUGGGACUUCGUGAGCCUGCUAGAGGUAUGCUCUUAUUCGGACCACCAGGAACAGGAAAAACUAUGCUUGCCAGGGCUGUAGCCACUGAAUCAAAGUCUACAUUUUUUUCUAUAUCAUCAAGUAGUCUUACAACAAAGAUAAUGGCGCCGAGUAUUAUCUUUGUGGAUGAGAUAGAUUCUCUUUUAUCGUCCCGCCGAUCUUGCGAAAAUGAAUCAACGCGAAGGAUCAAGACUGAAUUUUUAAUACAAUGGAGCGAUCUGCAGAGAGCGGCAGUAGGGCGACCCUCAGAAAGGAAUGAAAAGGAACGAGGAGAUGCAUGUCGGGUCCUUGUACUUGCAGCUACCAAUAUUCCGUGGGCUAUAGAUGAGGCGGCACGAAGAAGAUUUAUUCGCAGACAAUAUAUCCCACUUCCAGAAGAAAAAACAAGAGAAUCGCACUUGAAAAGUCUUUUAAGCCAUCAAAACCAUGAUUUGCAGAAUGAUGAUAUAGAACGGUUAGUUAUUCUUACGAAAGGUUUCUCUGGAUCCGAUAUUACAGCACUUGCCAAAGAUGCGGCUAUGGGCCCCUUGCGAUCUCUUGGCGAGGGUCUACUGACCAUGAAAAUGGACGAAAUUAGACCUAUGAGUUUUUCGGAUUUUGAAGCUAGUUUGAUUAGCAUAAGACCUAGUGUCAGCCCUGCUGGAUUAAAGAAGUUUGAGGACUGGGCUAAAGUGUUUGGGGAGCGUGGUGGCUAG